CUCCUUCCACCGUUACUAUUAUGACUAGUUAGCUGCGCGACAGCGAACGCGCUUUCAAGUCUCUUUGGGUCCAUUCACCAAUCUCUCUUGCAUUGCAGUUGUCACAACUCACAACAAUCUUAGAACUUAGAACCAGUCCAUGUUUUAUUGCUUCACCUUAGAUAUCACACUUAAGCUCCUUCCACUCUACAUGUUCUUCAACUUGUCUUCUUUUUAAUAUGUUUACAACUUCAAACUUUGCUUCCUUGGGCUAUUAAGCUCCAUCCAAGGUUUGUUUUUUGCAGUAAGAAUGGACAAGAACAGGAAACUCAGUCGGUUCAAGGAUCUUUCUAUAGCUUUUUGCUUUGUGGCAGUUUUUUUCUUGUUUCACCACUUGGGUUUGUGCUGUUCUUUGAAUGAAGAAGGUAAUGCUCUUUUGAAGUUGAGGCAGAGAAUAGUGAGUGACCCUUUUGAUGCUUUGUCAAAUUGGGUUGAUGAUGAGGCUUCUGUUGACCCUUGUAACUGGUUUGGAGUUGAGUGCUCAGAUGGAAGAGUUGUGGUCUUGAAUUUGAAGGAUCUCUGCCUUGGAGGAACUCUGGCACCUGAGCUUGUGAAACUUGUCAACAUAAAGUCCAUUAUUUUGCGGAACAACUCUUUCUCUGGGACCAUCCCUGAAGGAUUUGUACAGUUAAAAGAACUGGAGGUUUUGGAUUUGGGAUACAACAACUUCAGUGGACAUCUACCUGCUGAUCUAGGGAGUAAUAUCUCACUAACAAUCCUUUUGCUGGAUAACAAUGAAUUUCUUGUUGGUUUAUCUCCCGAAAUAAAUGAACUGAGGAUGCUUUCCGAAUGUCAAGUAGAUGAAAAUCAGCUGACUAAUGCUGCUAAAAUGCCAGCUUGUACAGAAAGAGCUACCACAAGGCAUAUUGGUCAAGGUAAAGGUACUCGUGGCUCACAACAUUCUAAUACUUCUCCUGCUGCUAAUCAUUACCAGUUUAAUCGUGUGGCUGCUCCACCUCUUGAGAGCCCUUCUUCUCCUUCUGCUUCCCCAUCAGGCUCAGCAAAACCACCAGUGCCAAAGCUAGCUCCUCAUAGGAAAAAUGCUUCUGAUUCUUCUCCUCCCCACUCUACAUCAGGUUCUGGAACACUAUCUAAAACUAAAAGCACCUCAUCAAAGGUUCAUACAGUUCCUAUUUUGGCUGGAGUUAUAGGUGGUGCUGUGUUUCUUAUUUUUUCAAGCAUUGGCAUAUAUCUUUGUAAAACAAAGGUAGCUAAUGUCAGACCUUGGGCCAUGGGACUAAGUGGACAGCUUCAGAAGGCAUUUGUAACUGGUGCGCAAAAGUUAAAGAGAUCAGAUCUUGAAGCAGCAUGUGAAGAUUUUAGCAAUGUAAUUGGUAAUUCACCCAUUGGUAUACUGUACAAAGGAACUUUGUCUGGUGGCGUUGAAAUAGCUGUAGCUUUUGUUUCCAUAACAUCAUCCAAGAAUUGGUCAAAAACUUUAGAAGCUCAAUUUAGAAGCAAGAUAGAUAAAUUGUCGAAAGUGAACCACAAGAAUUUUGUGAAUCUUAUUGGAUACUGUGAAGAAGAGGAGCCUUUCACCAGAAUGUUGGUUUUUGAAUAUGCCCCAAACGGAACACUAUUUGAGCAUCUACACAUAAAAGAGGCUGAGCACUUGGAUUGGGGAACAAGACUUAGAGUUGCAACGGGUGUGGCUUAUUGCCUGCAACAUAUGCACCAAUUAGAUCCUCCUAUGGCCCUAAUCAAGCUGAAUUCUUCAGCCGUUUACCUCACCGAUGACUACGCUGCCAAACUCUCAGAUUUAAGUUUCUCCAAUGACAUAGCCUCAGCUGAGACAAGAGCUAUGGACAAGCCACUAGCAACUCCAGAAAGUAAUGUUUAUAGCUUGGGUGUUCUACUAUUUGAAAUGGUCACGGGUCGUCUUCCUUAUUCAGUAGAACAUAAGGAUUCACUUGAAAACUGGGCAUCACACUAUUUAGAAGUUGACCAACCCCUCAAAGAAAUAGUGGAUCCAAUUCUAGUAUCUUACCAAGAAGAUCAGCUGGAACAAGUUGCAUCAUUGAUUACAUCUUGUGUCCACCCUGAUCCACAGAAGAGACCAACAAUGAAAGAUGUGAGUGAGAGACUGAGAGAGAUAACAAAAAUAACACCUGAAUCUGCGGUUCCAAAACUUUCUCCACUUUGGUGGGCAGAGAUUGAGAUUGCAUCUGCAGAAGCACGUUGAGAUCAGUGUAGCAGAUUUUUAAAAGUCUUUGAGAGCUCUUAGCAUUGUGAUCCUUUUUUUCCUUAGCUGAAGGCAUAAAAAACUUCUUACUUGAAGUAUCUAUUGUUGUAGGACAUGGUCAAAAGUGACGUGUGGGGGACCAAAAUGGUGUGGUGAAGUUCUUUUGGGUGCUGUUUUUUUUAAAAAAGAAAUUGUAGCCUAUGGAAAUGCACCUAGAAAAUAGCUUUUUGUAUAUCACUUAAUCAAGAUAUUUCCAAAUCUUCUCAUCCCCUUCAUAUGUGCCGAACAAACUAAUGGUUUAAUAAUCAUAGUCCUGCUCACGUGCAUUGACCAAAAGUUCAAAACUAUCAAGUAUUAACGAGAGUGGGAGGCUUUCUUUUGCAUUUGUUAUUCCAAGCUUUCUUUUGACAACAGAGGAUAGUGAUUGUCAAAUAUGAAACUAGAUGAAACAGAACAUUACAACUCUAUUAAUUGCUCUUUUAUUGACCUCUA